AUGCCUCCACCCCCAGGCUCGUCCGCGGCGCACUCCCGCACCCGCGUCACAGACAGCCCAUCCCCGAUCGACACCAACGACAACCCUCCAUCGUCCUCUCGACUCUCAAGGGACUCCGAGGGUUAUCCGUCAUGGCUGCCGAAGAGACCACCACCGCCAGCACCAGCGUCGACCUUCCAGUCGUCCGUGCUCGCCCUCGCUGGCGGCGUCCCACCAGACCCGUCCCCCAGCCCCGUCGAACUAACGUUCACAACUGGCCGCAAACCAACACCCCGGUCUGUACGGAUCGUCAGCCUGCACGACUCGUUCGUGGGCGCCGUCGAGAAGGAGCCCUCACGGCGCGAACCCACGGACCAGACACGGGUCGGGGUGCACGUCCCCCCAAAGGUCUGGACACGCGCCGCGGGGGUGCCCGUCGCCUUCAACGCCUCCAACAAUGACGACGGAUUCCUCCCUCUGCCCCAACCGCGCUUCAACGCAAAGCACCUCAACCUGCAGCUGUUGAGGAACCCUAGUCGGUGGAUGAAGGCAUAUUUCUACCUCUGGCCGCUGCUUGUGUUCUACCACCUCCCGCUGCAAUCCUUCUUCGACUUCAAUGCGGUGUACAUCUUGCUGCAAGUCGCAAGGUUUCCAAACCCCCAAACCUCUGGCAAGAACUGGGCGCUGGGCGCCGCAGCCUACAUUGCGUGUUGGCUGGCUUGGAUAUUCGCCGUGUGUAUCAUGUAUGAGCUUGUGUAUUCCUUCGCGAGGCGAUGGCGGCUGCGCCGACCCCUGAUACUCCCCAUCUACCUGUCAUCCUCUGCCUUCAACCUCGCUGCCCUAACUUCCUACAACGCCUUUUCCUUCCUCCAACAUCUUCGUUUGUCUGCCUUUUUCCCCGAGCACGCACGGGCACUUUCGCCACUCUCGCCUUCGGACCCAGACUACUCGUUUGCCGACGAGCAAGACCAAGAUUACUACGGCCAGGAAAGUUCAUGGAAACAAGGCCUCGCCGAGACGUGUUUCUUCUAUUCGCAGAAUCUACCCACAGUCGCCCUACUCCUGCCGCGCGCAGGUCUUUGUCUGGCACUGCUGUUCGCGUUUGGUAGUGCCCCAGAGGUACUCUCAGUGUUUGGAGUGACAACGUCAGGUGCAGGAAACCUGGCAAGGCGAGACGCGACGUUCUUCAGGCAAGAUGGUUCGUUGACGGGCUAUGCACGCGGCGUAUUGAUCGCAAAUGCUGCCUGGACAGCGUGGCGGGUGUUGGUGCUUCUUGCUUCAUGGCUCGGUCUCUGGAUAUUCUCGAACCAGCGCCUCGCAGGCCUCUGCGGACCACGACACACCUGGGAAGAGUCCGAACAGGAGAAGACGCGCUCUGUCUACUCCGAGGCUGCCUCUGAAUACGGCGCCUAUCGUGGUUCGGUCUAUCCCACUGGAGCCGCCAUCUAUAACUCUGGUGAUGGAGAGGCGGCCAGCUAUCGAGGAGAUGAGCUUGCAUGGGAAUGGCGCGAGGCGACGAGGAUGCGUGUGCAGGAUGCCUUUGAGUUCUGCUUGAACACACGUAGACGAUCGUCCUCGGGUGGUGCUAGUACCCUGCGUUGGGCGUCUGCGGCUACUCCUGCUGGAUAUAACUACGGCUCGAGGAGAUAUCGGCACCGCAGAAGGAAGUCGUCGAAGGCCAAAGGCAAGGAACCAUCGACUGAACAUGAGAACGAGAAGGCAGCUGGAACAGGCGAAUCAGAACAAUUCGAAGGGAUUGAACGCGUCCUCGCCGCCGUCGGUUUUCCCGGUGCUGCCUCCGCCGCCUCGCCCUCCCGCCGCGCGCCACUUUCCAAGGACCUCUUCUCCGCACCCGAAGGUCUCGCCAAGGAACCCAUCGACCCCAUCCAGUACGAGCAAAUUCAACCUGGGCCCUCGUCAGGGAUGUAUACUGGCCUGGAUGCACCAAAGAUGGCGAAACGUAAUUCGAAGGACAAGAUCCCUGGCUCGAGUGCUAUUCCGUACCCCUUCUCAAGUCCGGGCGCGGGGCAUGUGUCGUCAGAAGACUCAGUGUCGGUGCCUUUCCCAGGCGGCAAGAAGGCAAAGGCGUCGAGUAAGGAGAGCGGUACCUCGUCAUCUGAGGAGCAUACUACGAGUCAGAGCGGAAGUCGGAGUGCGAGUGGUACUGGUAGUGGAAGUGGUAGCGGAAGUGGCAGUGGAGAAGGCGAGGAGGAAGAGGAAGAAGAAGAAGAGGAAGAAGAGGAAGAGGACGAUGAAGAGGAGGAAGAGGAAGACCUUGGUUCUGAAGGCGUCUCGUCUGGUCCGUCUGGCUCGAUGUCGUCGCUCGGGCAGCCCAUCAGCUCUCCUGCGCGAUAUCCCUUCGGCAUGCGCCGGCCCGGGGCAGGACACCACCGCAACAUGUCAGGUGUCUCCUCUGCGCUCUCCUCUGGCCAGGGCGGGUCGGGCGGCUCUCAUGCACACAGUCACAGCGUUGGCUCGCAUGCGCAUAGCCAUAGCGUAUCUUCUCGCGGUACGAGGAGUGCUGGUGCCAUGUCGGUCAUCACGCAGAGUACGGGCAACUUCGAGACGACGGAUGAUGAGGAGGAGCAAGGACGAGAGCGAGGCGUCAGCCAGGGCAGCAGCGCGGCAGGCAUACCAAUUCCAAUGCCUCCGCGCCACCCACACCCGCACAAGGCCGUGGUCGUGCAGGGACGGUGCCGACGCCUUCAUCCUCGUCCUCGUCUGCAGCAGCCGCUGCCGCAUUGGCGAGCAUCAAUAUCUACGCCCCUGUUGAGUUCCCAUCUCUUCGGACAAGGCGGAGGGUAG